AUGUCCGUUCAACCCCAAAGUCGCCCACCUGAUGUGGAUAAACUCCACACGAGUAAUUUUGACCAGGAUCUUCUUCCAUUGCCUCCUCCUCUACCGCCUCACAGAACGUCAGGACGUGGGAAUUACCAAGUCUUCCUUCAACCUGAAAAUCGACCCCUCUUGCCACCCUCUAUGUCGAUCACACCUUCCUUGUGCCCCCCUGAGGAUCCUCCGAAAACCCUCUCCCAUCCACCACACGCCAUUCGUCGUCAUCCUAGGGGUCUUUCCAGUGUCUUCGAUUCCACUGCCACACUACCCACACCAAAGCCACGCAACCAUCAUGGUGAUUGUAAGGAGGGAGACCGGAAGAAACAGGGGUUACAUGAGGAGAGAAGUGGAUGGCUGUAUUGGAACGACGUCCGUGGUGGAAUUCGUCCAACUCUCCUUACUGGUUCCUACCUUCAGGGACGCACACCACACCAAACUUCUGAAUACCCUUUGAAGCUUUCUGAGUCGGUAAAAGGUCAUUGUACUAGCGCUGAACAUCUUGAAGGUGCCCUGGCAAUGCCGAUGGUACAAGGGGAGACCAGAGUCCAAAAGCUGUAUUGUAGUAUGACGACACUUAAUUAUACAACGGCGGAAAGCUCGUCCAUGCAUGAUUUACUCAUGGUUGGCGACAAUGCGGAUGAUAGCAGAGUGCCCAGGGUACCAGAUUCCUGGCUGCCAAUUGUGGAUGGACGGGCUCGAUUAGUGCCAGUAAAUACGAUGACAAGAGAAGCACCAAAUGCGAACAUACCGGACGUUACUCCCAGACCCACCACACAGGUUGAUGGAAAAUCACAACACAUUUGGCAACCACUGAAAUUAAGGCAAGAGGGGGAAACGGCGGCGAACAGAUUUACGAGUGGAUGA